ACAUUUAGCAUGUUUUUAGGUUAUGAGGACAUUUUGACCUUAACCAUCCAUUUCGUUCUUCUACUCGUCUUUAUCUAUGAUUUAGUUGUCUUCAUCUGUGUUAACCAUUUCACGUUUGUUCUGAUUUCCAGCCGGGGUUAAAUGGAAGUUAAAAAUUUCACUAUUUUGAGUUGAACACAUUUGAAAAAAUGCAGCAAAGAGAAGAGAAACAAUUAGAGUCCUCUCUAGAGUCGAUAAUCCAAAGAGUGAACGAUCUGAAAGCGUCUUUAGCCGCUAUGAUUUUCAAAAUCGAAACUGAAUAUGAAACUCUGAAUUGGCCAAAGUUUCUGGACAACUAUGCUUUGAUAUCAGGGCAGCUUAUUUCCCUGUCGAAAGUUCUCAGCCAUGAAAAGGGCCCCAAUUUGCGAAACUUAACAGUUCUGCCGCUUCUGCUCUCUCCCGAGAGAGAUGAGCAACUGGUACAGGCGACUGAAGGCCGAAUAACAACUUUUUCCCAUGAUUUGGUGCCCCCUUAUCUGAGAACCAAACUUGAGCCUAUGGCUGAACAGAAGAUGAUUCAGCUGGAGCUGAAAGCUCAGCAUUUGCAAGUCGAAAAUGCACAAAAGCAAAUGGCAGCUUAUCAGAAGGUAGUCUCACACGUGUGGGACAUUGUAAGCAAAGCCAGGGAAGAAUGGGAAGUAGAGGCCUCAUCCAGGGCAGGCACGCAGCAAAAUUCCAAUCAGGCAGACACACAUCUCUUAGUUGCAGCAGUUGGGAUGGGGAAAGGCUUGAAGAUGGGCUCCAAUCCGAAUGGCCAGCCAAAUUCCACCUCUGGAGGGAUGAUGGUAGCUUCACAAGGAAGGCCCGGGGGGCCGCCUGGGCCGGGUCAACUUCCACCGAGUACGCAAGCCAUGAGUAUGAACAAAGCCCCAUCAGCCAUCAAGACCAAUAUUAAAAGCGCUGCUCAAAUGCAUCCUUAUGGACGUUGAUUUAUUUAUAUUGUAUAUAAUGAUAUAUUUUAUUUCCUUAUUAGUUUAUUACUUAAUCAGUAUUAGGUUAGCAAAUGUAUGAAUCUGUUGUCAUAAAUUCGUGAAUAUAAAAAAUCCAGUACGUA